AUGGCCAAGCCUGACUACGCUCGAGUGACAACACAAGUCUUUACUCAAGAAGAUAGCAAGACUCAGCUGAAUCUGAUAUGGCCAUAUAAUAGUAUUGAGGACAGUGAGCCAGAGGAUGCAGUUCUUCACAUGCAAGGAUUUCUUUGCAAAAAGGACUUGCCACCAAUUGUGCAAAAUGACCAGCUCCCUUCAAAGCUCUUCAGAGCAACGCAGUCUGUGAAAUUGACAGGACUCGGUUCUCCGACCUUUGCAGAAGCGGUCAAGGGUGUUAUUGCCAUUCAUCAGCUGUUUGCUCAACAUCUCGAUAAAGGCAUGCUCAUCCCAUGGAGUCCGAUCCGAGAACAUGAUGAACUUGUAUUAGAGUUCUCCAAUCGGUACCUUUCUUGUAUGCGAGACAUGGAGGACGACAACGAGAUUCCGAUUGGAAAUGACAUUGAUCCGUUUGGCAUCCUAAGAAGCCGUAUUUGA